AUGCGUCGGCGGAUGGCUGCCCUGGCCUUCGUCUUCUUCCUCUCCUCCUGGGUGGUCUCCUGGACCUCCUCCGACGCUGGCGAGAAGACGAUACUCCUCUGCUUCGAGUGGUACGCGAUAGUCCUGCUGGCAGUCGGUGUGCAUUUGGACCAGCGCCGCCGGCGUGAUCCCCCCAAGGAGGGCCCGAAGGAGGUCAGCUGUGUUUGGGCCCCAUGCCGCUUUGACCUUCGUCAGUCAAGUCCCGAGUUCCACAGCUUCGAGGUCAAAUCCGGGGAUCCGGUUAGCUGGACUUCUCACGGCCCGACGCCGCUUGUGGCACCGAGCCUGGUCGGGGAUCUUCAAACUUGUCUCUGCUGCCUGGACGACUUUGACCCGGAUUCCAAGGUGGCAAUCCUGCCAUGUGGGCACAUCUUCCACCAAGAGUGUGUGGCCGCAUGGUCGGUCCUCCAGGUUCACUCCAACUGCCGCUGCCCGACUUGCAGCCACAGCUUCUUGGCACCUCACGCUUGUGUGUGA